AUGCUCACAUUCUACAUUACCUUCUUCGUUUUGGCUAUUCAGUCGGUGGCACAGGCUGUUAGUGUUGAACACAGGUCACUGGCCGAGAUCUACCAGGACGCCAAAAAGGAAAAUGGGACACUAAAUGUCUAUUCUGGAGGCAGCACUAGUCGAGGUGCACAGCCUUUACUAGACGCUUUCUCUAAGCAAUUCCCUGGGAUCAAGGUGAACAUCACUGUCGAACUUUCGAAAUAUGCGGAUUCUCGCAUCGACAGAAGUUAUAUAGAUGGAGAGCCUUUCAUCGAUUACGCUAUGUUGCAGACUGUACACGAUUUCCCAAGGUGGAAAAAAGAGGGACGCCUCCUCAAUUACAAGCCCAUUAAUUUUGGGGAUGUCAGCUCAUCGAUCAAAGACCCCGAUGGAGCCUUUUUCCCUGUCAGCUAUAACCAGUUCGGGCCCUUCUACUAUGAUACUGAUCGCGUCCCGGCUGAUAAGGUCCCUAAAACGUAUGCAGACGUUUUGGAUCCAUACUGGAAGGGCAAGAUUGUUCUAACAUACCCUAACGAUGAUGAUGGCGUUCUAUAUCAAUUCAAGCUCAUCAUACAGAAGUAUGGGUUCAAAUGGCUCGAUGCACUCCUGAAACAGGACAUCAAAUGGGUUCGUGGCGCUACGCUCGCAACAGGAACAAUCAUCCAGGACCAUUCUUCCAACGGCCCGAGAGUGCUCACCUUUUCCGGUCUCGGUGUCUUCACACCGUCGACUACCUUUCUGAAGACCGCCAAGCCCGAGGCACCCGAUCGGUUUAUGACAUGGGCACAACAAUCUGCGAUUUUCAAGUCAACUCCUCGCCCCAACAGCGCUAAACUUCUGGCUUCUUUUCUCCUCAGCGACUCGUGGCAAAAGAACAUCGCAUCAUCAGGUGCGCCAACUGUCAGGGACAGUCUCACUGGUGCCAACAACGUUUUCAAGGCAAACAACACCGAACCCCUUGGAUAUGCUCAGUUCAUGAACGACCGUCGAGAUGUUGAGUGGUGGAGAAUGCAGAUGGAGACUCAGAUCGGCUUGGCCGUAGGACCCGAUCCCGCUCUCCCAUGA